AAAAAAAUCCGUUCAAUUUGGAGGAAAUAUGUUGGCAAUUUCUUCUAAGGAUUUUUAAUUUGUAGGAAAAAAAGGGUCUGAGUUUUGCCCUCUUUGUACUUCUUAACACCCUUGUUUUUCGUUUUGAUUCAUAACUUUAAAAGACCCAAGCUUGAAAUGAAACCAAAGUAUUCCUGUAAGGCCUGAUGGAAUGCUGUGAUAUCCCCAUACAAGGACAAAAGUGCCCCGAAUGUCCUCAGAUGCUAGAAUUCUGGAUGAUGCUGUAGUGUAGCUCUCAAAACUUAGUCUUCUUAUGUGUCAGAACGACAAAGGGCCCUUCUCAUGUCUCCGGCUUCUCUCUGGAUUGCUCUCGGUUUUCUUGACCUUUCUGGUCCGGGAGGCUGUCAGUAACUCCUCACACGUGUGGCAGGUGGCCCUCAAAGUUCUCUCUUGGCAGCCUGCACCGGGCCCUCCUUGACGCUCUCCGCCCGUGGUGGAAGCCGCAAGACAACUGCUUCCUAGCUGACUUGCUCACUGAUGUGUAACUGGCUAUUCUGGUUAAUCAUUAAUGAAGCACGUGGUGUGUAUUCGGGAAGGAAAACAUUGCACUUCAAUCCCAACAUGCAUAAUUUAUAUUGCCAAUUAUUCUAAAUCCUCGUAAUAGAAUACCGGUUCCACUCUCCCAAGCCGGUGGCUGGGAAGAACUGAAGAUAGGGUUCCCUCCAGCCCCUUCAGGGUUGCUCACCGCUGAGGCCCUGCUCUCCGGGACCCUCUGGGCAGGGCGCGCUGUGUCCGCUGGGGCCAGGCGAGGAUGAAGGCCAAGUGCCGGGAGGAGGAGUCUGCGCGUGGGCUGGGUCAGGGGGGCCGUGUCGGAGGAUGAGAACCACGCGCUGGGUGGAGGAGGCCGCGCGUGGGACCAGGUGCGCAGGUGCGCCGUGUGUCCGAGGACAAGGACCCGGUGCUGGGAGCGGGGGAGGAUGGAGGAGGAGGAGGUGGAGGAGGAGCCCGAGACUGAGGCCGCGGGUGGGGCCAGGUGCGCCGCGUCCGAGGACAAGGACAAAGUGCUGUGGGGAGGAGGAGGAGGAGGAGGCCGUGGGUGGGGCCAGGUGCAGGGGACAGGCGGCCGCGCGUGGGGCCAGGUGCACCGCGUCUGCCGGCGCGAGGGCGAGGCCGGAAAAGGCGGUGCGCUGGCCGGCCGGGGCGCGGUCUGAAGACGUCACUUCCGGUGGCGGCCCACUUCCUGGAGAGGGCUGGGGCCUGAGAUUGGUGCAGCCCAGAGGAAGGAAAGACGGUUUACCCGGAGCCCCGGAGCGAGAGCGAGUGCCUGAGCAAUAUCCGCGAGUUCCUGCGAGGCUGCGGGGCCUCCCUGCGGCUGGAGACAUCGGCCUGGGAAGUGACUCCGUGUGUGCCCGGCCCUCAUCUCAUCGGAUAAAGUCUUUUGACUCCCUGGGAGCCCAGCCUUCGCACAGUCGGACUUCAAAAUUGUUCCAGGGCCAGUAUCGAAGUUUGGACAUGACCGAUAAUAGCAACAGCCAACUGGUGGUGAGAGCGAAGUUUAACUUCCAGCAGACCAAUGAAGACGAGCUCUCCUUUACGAAAGGCGACAUCAUCCACGUCACGCGGGUCGAGGAGGGCGGCUGGUGGGAGGGCACGCACAAUGGCAGGACCGGCUGGUUUCCCAGCAACUACGUGCGGGAGGUCAAGCCCAGUGAAAAGCCCGUGUCUCCUAAAUCAGGAACGUUGAAGAGCCCUCCCAAAGGAUUUGAUACUACUGCCAUUAACAAGAGCUAUUACAAUGUGGUGCUACAGAAUAUUUUGGAAACUGAAAAUGAGUAUUCUAAAGAACUUCAGACUGUGCUUUCUACCUACCUGCGGCCUUUGCAGACCAGCGAGAAGUUAAGUUCAGCAAACAUUUCAUAUUUAAUGGGAAAUCUAGAAGAGAUAUGUUCUUUCCAGCAAAUGCUUGUACAGUCUUUAGAAGAAUGCACCAAGUUGCCAGAAGCUCAGCAGAGAGUUGGAGGAUGCUUUUUAAAUCUGAUGCCACAGAUGAAAACCUUGUACCUUGCGUAUUGUGCCAACCACCCGUCUGCAGUGAACGUUCUCACGGAGCACAGUGAGCAGCUGGGAGAGUUCAUGGAGACCAGAGGCGCCAGCAGCCCGGGGAUCCUGGUACUGACCACCGGCCUCAGCAGACCGUUCAUGCGCCUGGACAAGUACCCCACGUUGCUCAAGGAGCUGGAGAGACACAUGGAGGAUUAUCAUCCAGAUAGACAAGAUAUUCAAAAAUCCAUGACUGCCUUCAAAAACCUCUCAGCGCAGUGUCAGGAGGUGCGGAAAAGGAAGGAGCUGGAGUUGCAGAUCCUGACAGAAGCCAUCCGGAGCUGGGAGGGAGAUGACAUCACGACCCUGGGCAGCGUCGUUUACAUGUCCCAGGUCAUGGUCCAGUGCGCCGGGAGUGAGGAAAAGAAUGAGAGAUACCUUCUGCUCUUCCCAAAUAGUUUGCUGAUGUUAUCUGCCAGUCCUAGGAUGAGUGGUUUUAUCUAUCAGGGAAAGCUACCAACGACAGGAAUGACAAUCACAAAGCUUGAGGACAGUGAAAAUCAUAGAAAUGCAUUUGAAAUAUCAGGGAGCAUGAUUGAGCGGAUCCUCGUGUCCUGCAACAACCAGCAGGAUCUGCACGAGUGGGUGGACCAUCUCCAGAAGCAGACAAAGGUCACCUCUGUCGGCAACCCCACCAUCAAGCCCCAUUCUGUGCCGUCUCACACCGAUCUUAGUAAAAGUCCCAAGACCAUGAAAAAGUUGCUACCUAAGCGCAAGCCUGAGCGGAAGCCUUCAGAUGAAGAGUUCGCCCUGAGGAAAAGCACAGCUGCUUUGGAAGAAGACGCGCAGAUCCUGAAAGUCAUCGAAGCUUAUUGCACAAGCGCCAAAACGCGGCAAACGCUCAAUUCGACAUGGCAAGGCACUGACCUGAUGCAUAAUCACGUCUUGGCUGACGACGACCAAUCAAGUCUAGACUCCUUGGGUCGUCGCAGUAGCCUUUCCCGUUUGGAGCCCUCAGACCUCUCGGAAGACUCUGACUAUGACAGUAUAUGGACAGCCCAUAGUUACAGAAUGGGUUCUACAUCUCGCUCACGCAAAGAAUCUGCUCCACAAGUUUUGCUUCCAGAGGAAGAGAAAAUCAUAGUUGAAGAAACUAAGAGUAAUGGUCAGACAGUGAUAGAAGAAAAGAGUCUUGUGGAUACUGUGUACGCGUUAAAGGACGAAGUCCAAGAGUUAAGACAGGAUAACAAAAAGAUGAAGAAAUCUCUGGAGGAAGAGCAGAGAGCCCGCAAGGACCUGGAAAAGCUGGUGAGGAAAGUUCUGAAGAACAUGAACGACCCUGCCUGGGAUGAGACCAACCUCUGAGGAGCAUCCUUGCCUCUUCCCAGCGAGGAGACCAGGCCCGGGUGAACACGCGGGACCGUGGGGGCAGGGCUGGACAAAAGUCAUCUUGCUUUCUGUGCACGGGAAAGCUGGAGUUGCUCACACAAAUAGAAACGGUUGCACUGCUCCCGAAGAAUCCACACGUGAGGUGUAGACCCCCUGAGGGCGGAACUGCAGUAAUUUUACUCUGUUAACAUCUCAAUUACCUCAUUUUGCAAUAAGUGCAGUGACUACAAAUCCUGGUGUUUCAGGCUUUUAUUGAGUAUAUAUAAUUACACAUGUUUCUUGUAAAUACUCCAUUUUGAAUGCACAUCCACGGUGGCUCCAUCUGGGCUGAUCACCUGCGCUACAAUUCCCUUCCCACUAACCUUUCUGGUCCUGUGAACAAGAUGUGCUCAUGGAAAGCAGGGGCGUUAAAGGUGCCUGGUACUUUGCUGGAUGCCUGGUUUGCUCUCUAUAGUCCCCACGUGCUCUAAAAAGACCUUCUGCUUUGGUAGGCCUAAGUAAUUAACCUUAUUUGUGUCUGCAAAGAUACCUUAAUACCCUCGAAAGUCUUCUGUUAAAGCUGUUUUGUGUCACUGACAUGUGGUGGGCCUGAGUGAGGUGCCCGGGCUGAGUGAGAGAGACGCCAGCUUCAACCACAGAUCCCAGGAGGUCCCCACACACUUCCAUGUCCAGCUGCUGGUGUCCGCGCCUUUCUGCCUCUGGAGAACGGCGGCCCGUCGGCGUGCAUUCACUGCGCUGGGGAGAGCAGACUUUCUUAUAUAGGCUGGUUUAAUAACAUGAAAAAGUGCACUGUUGUGUCCUGCCCAUGAGAGAAAGCUUCACAAGAUCCUGUAAAUAAACUAUUAUUUAUUACGUAUCUCUGAGGCCGAUGAAGGCACACCAGGGAUGCUGUGGGCUGACAUGGCAGGUGGCGGUUGGGAGUUGUCAGGCCACUUUGAGCUCUGUUCACCAGCAGCAUGCAACGAGCCUUCAGUGCUCACUGGGAAAAAGAAAUGUUUCCCCCUUUCAGUGAGAAUAAAGCAAUAUAAAUCCCGCCAAAGCGAUGAAAGUUUAAAUGUGGGUCCAUUUCCCCCUGUACCUCCACAGCAGAGGAGACGGGCAGCCUGCCCAGCCCCAGCUCUGCUGGCCUCUCUGGGCAGGGACUCGGGAGCCUCAGAGCCCCUGGACAGGAACCGCGGCCGUGGAGGCAGGAUGCCCACAUUAUGGCAAUGGCUCUCUGCUCCCCUCUUCUCAAGAGGUCAGCUUUAAUCGACAGAAACUUUUUCACAGAACCAGUGUUAGGUCUUUCAAAACAGCAGUAUCUCUGUGCAUUACAGACUUCUCAGAAAUACCUGUGUGGCCUCAGGAGUGACUUGGGCCUCGCGAUGUGGGUCAAGCCACCCUGUAAGGGCUUCGGGAUCUUCUGAUGCCUUUGAACUGGGUAGCUUUGGAACCUGGCUUUCUGCUCCUCCAGGCUCCUGCUGAGCACUGUGCCCCCCCCCCCCCCAUCUGCUGCUGGAGGGCAGUGGCUUGAGCUUGGCCCUCCUGGCUGUGUGCCCAGCAGGUGUGUCUGUGGCUCAGCAUUGACCUGCCCAUGUGUGGCCUUUCCAGUAGAAUUGCCAACUUCUUGCACUUAGCGUUUUGUUCACCAGAGCUAGGACUAGCAGGGAGAGCCUGUUUUUUGGUAAGCCCUAUUUCACAGGAGUCUUUGGUGACGCAGAAGACCUUUCUUGCAGUGGGAGACACGUUGGAGUGUGCCCAAGUGUGCAGCCUUGAACUCAGGGACGGCCUCUGUCCCCUGCUCUCUCCACCUGUUUCUGAUGGGCGAUGUUGCUGGCAGCAUCCCAGGAGGGGUCUCUCGCUUGCCUUAGCCUCACCGAAGCCUUGAGUGACACCUGUUUCUUCCCCAUCCCUGCCCUAAGGGGAGAGGCCCGUUUUCUCCUCUUCUCGCAGAUCCAGGAUUUCACUAAGCUUUUUAGGGAGCAGAGAAAAUGCAUCCGAGAGCAGUUCUUUCUACAGACCUUCCUUAUUGUAAAUAGGUUGUUUACGUUUCUCUGACCUUCCAAGGGGCUGGGGGUUGAAAGGCGCCCUAUUUACCCCAAGGGCGAGGACACGACACACGUCAGUUCUGCACGAUGUUGAGAUGUGGGUCAGACACCGUCCUUUGUGCUCGUGGUGUCUGCCUCCACGCGCACCAGGCGCUGGGACGUUGGGCACCUCCGGCUGUGUGUGCACUUCCCGCUGCCCUCCCGCCCCAUUUCUCUAGGACACACAGCAUCCCUGGUGACUAUUGUGGGGCCAUGUCCUGUAAAUGCCACAGAGUGUCCUGGCAUUGACUAUUCCUUCUACAUCGUUGUAAUUAUUAAACUGACUUUCCUUAAGUUACAAUAUCACUUUAUCUUCCAUGA